AAAUAUUUCAUCAACAGUUUACACCUCAUUUUUUUUUUUUUUUACUCCUGCCUACUCUUUCCCUCUGCUCUAUGCUGAACAUCUAUCUCUAGGCUGCCCUAUGUUCCCUAAUGCAAUGGCAAUGGAAGAAGAAACUGCAGCAGCCCUUGUUAUUGAUAAUGGCUCUGGAACGUGCAAAGCUGGCAUUGCUGGUGAGAGUGCCCCCAGGGCCGUAUUCCCCUCCAUCAUAGGGCGGCCCCGCUACCAGAGAAUCAUGUUGGGCAUCGAUGAUGAGGAUUUUUACAUAGGCAACGAGGCCCAACGCAAGAGGGGUAUCCUGACCCUGAAGUACCCUGUUGAGCAUGGCAUCGUCACCAACUGGGAUGACAUGGAGAAGAUCUGGCACCACACCUUCUAUAAUGAACUGCGUGUGGCUCCCGAGGAACACCCACUGCUCCUAACCGAGCCCCCACUUAACCCAAUAAUUAACAGAGAGAAUACGAUGCAAAUAAUGUUUGAAACAUUCAAAGCCCCGGCCAUGUAUGUGGCCAUUCAGUCGACACUAUCUCUAUAUGCCUCUGGCCGAACAACAGGCAUGACCGUUGAGUCUGGUGAUGGGGUCACACAUACUGUGCCCAUCUACGAAGGCCAAGUCCUUCCCUAUGCCAUCUUGCGUAUGGACCUGGCUGGCAGGGACCUAACCGACUACCUAAUCAAAAUUUUGUUAGAGCGGGGCUAUACCUUCAAUACUACUGCCUCCAGGGAGAUAGUCCGUGACAUCAAGGAGAAGCUAUGCUAUGUUGCAUUGGAUUUUGAAAAAGAAAUGGCAACUGCUGAACACUCCUGCUUAGAGAAGAGUUACAAGCUACCUGAUGGCCAAAUCAUCACUCUGAGCAAGGAGCAGUUCCAGUGCCCAGAGGCACUUUUCCAGCCCAAUUUUCUGGGUAUCAAGUGUUGUGGCAUCCACAAAACCACAAUUAGUUCCAUCCUGAAGUGUGAUGUUGACAUCCACAAGAGCCUGUAUGGCAACAUUGUGUUGUCUGGUGGCACCACCAUGUUCCCAGGCAUUAAUGACAGGAUGCAAAAGGAACUCAUGGCCCUAGCACCUAUAACAUUUAAGGUAAAGAGCAUUCCCUCCAAAGAUGGAAAGAUUUCAGUUUGGAUUGGUGGCUCCAUCCUGGCUUCACUGCCCACUUUCAGGCAGAUAUGUAUUACCAAAAGAGAAUAUGAGGAGUUUGGUCCUUCUAUAAUACUCCACAAAUGUAUGUAG